UGCACCUGCACAUUGACAUUAUGUCCUGUCUUCUACCGCGUUUUUGCUAUUAACGACAGACCGGACAGUAACCCCUCGGGAAAGUAACAAGACAGGGAAAAGUUAAGAGCGAGCGUAUAAGACGUAUCAGUAAUGUUAGAGUGGCGCCCACAACUAAGGUACAACAUGAUACACUUCACACCUCUGCAGAAGUUAGGCUUGUCACGCUCAUGCUACUCUCUGGCCGACCAACUGGAGCUGAACCCAGAGUUCUCUCCCGCCAGGAAGAAGUACACCUGGGCAGAUGUGGGGAAGAUUGUAGAGAUGCUCAGGAACGAGUGGAGCAUGGUCUGCAUCACAGAUGUGGUUUAUAACCAUACAGGGUCACAGUGAACUGGAGCCUAACCCGGCAACACAGG